AUGGCUCCAAUCAACAUGUUACUCCGUCACGUCCUGGCUAAUCGCACAGUCAGCUCAGGGAGCACCCCGCACACUGGCGUGCAUAUCCAAUGGGCGCCACUCAUUGCCCUCGCUAUCAUAGUCAUCCUUAUCGUGGGCGCGAUCUUCAUUCCCAAGACCUGGUUGAUCACCUUCUAUAAUCGAGUUCGUCACAGCUUCGGACGCACAAAGAAGCAUCCGGCGGAUCCAACUGCUCCCGAACCUGUCAACCCCAUUACCACCAACAUCUCACUCCCUCGACGGAUCUUCACACCGUUCUCGAAGUCUCGCAGACGGGAUGAAGGGCACCGCCUGCGCGAGGCGCGGGAGGAACCGUUCAUUGAUGUCCAUCUUCGCGAAAUCCGUGGAUGGAAGAAGCCAGAAGUGCAGAGUGUGAACCGUCCCGAGCCGAUUGGAUCAGAGGAGGUUGGGUUGCCGCUUCCUGUUCUGCACCCUGAUAGGAGCCGGGACCGCAAACAGCGGCUUCCUUUACGAAAGACGUAUGCCAGUUUCAAGCAGUGGCUGAAGGAUGAGGAGGCUGAUUAG